AUGAAGACGAAAACGACUGGUCUGAACAAAGUGAAUAUUCAAUUCAUUACGUUUCCGAAUAAAACCUUUAUAUCCAGAAAUUGCGGUUUCCUGGUAAUGGGAGAUGCAAGGUUUACAAAACUAGCUAAACAGAGAGAACUCUUGCGCAGCAGACAAAAACAGAAAUACGCACACCAAGUUCUUUCACUUCAAGAGCGUUCCGAGAGUGCUGGAAUUACUAAUUUUAAAAUUGAUAACUGGGGAGAAAUUACUCGUGUACAACGACCCACUUCCGAUAUCCGUUCGAAUUGCGAAAAUAAUGGGGAGUGUUACGCGUAUGAUGGUCCACAGGCAUAUCAGACAACUAAUCCCGACUCUCUCCCUUUCAAUGAGAUUCAAGUUAUUCGUGUAACACCUAGUUCAACAUUAUGUGACAACAAUUCUAAUCAUCAGUACAUUGUCAAGGAGUCAUCAAUUAACACCAGAGAGAAUGAAGUCACUGGUUCUUUGGAAAAUCCUACUAUGACGCGUUCAAGCACCAUGUAUUCUUCACUCGACCAAGACGCCGUUAUGAGUUCAACAGAAGAAAGUGACAAUGAAGUUGAGCGGCAGCCAGUGGAUACUUGGAAUGACAGGUCCUCUUGCUUCAUUGAUCAGGAACACAUACGAUGUUUAUGUGACGAUUCCAAUGUGUGUCACUGCGUAGCCGACCGGAAAUUAGACACGAAUGUUGUUCAGUGUAACAACGAACAAUCACUUAGAUGUGGUACUGUAUGUAGUUAUUCGCAAGCGAUCAAGAGUCCGGACUCAAUCUGUGAUUUGAAGACCUCUUCAUAUGAUGAGAAAUCUCUUGCUCCAACAGUUAUCCAAUGUUCCUGGGGUGAAACGUGUUCACGUAUUAAUUCCCCGAAGAUUGUGUCUCAGAUUAAUAGUUCCAGUGAUGACAAAGAAAUGAGUAUGGAACUGGUCUCAACUGCCAUUGAAAAUUCGUACGAGUUGUGCGAAGAUAGUUCCAGAAGGGUAGUUUUAAAUCCUACAAAUAAUCACUCUGACACAUACGAUGUUGCAAAAUCUCAGAAUUCCUUAAAUAUCAAGAGACACGAGGAUUUAGAGUUCCAUGAAUUAACCCAGCCUUUAGCUUUCGAUUCAACUGAGGACCUGCAUGAACUUAUCCUGAAACCUGCUCCACAGGGUGUCACAAUGCAUUGUUGUAUAACUCGAGACAAACGAGGUGUCGACGGUGGAAUUUAUCCUUCGUAUUACCUCCAUCUCGAAAAGGAAGAUCGUAAAUUUUUCUUGUUGGCAGCUAGACGCCGUAAACGAUCAACAACUAGCAACUAUGUGAUAUCGUGUGAUGUCACCAAUUUAUCACGGGGUGCAAAGUGUUUAGCUGGCAAACUGCGCUCCAACUUUUUAGGUACUCAAUUUACUGUAUAUGGGAAUGAAUGUAAAACAACAGAAAACGAAAGUUAUAACCCCACAAGUAAGGUCCAUAGCUACGUUGUGCCUGGAACAAGUGCUAAAACCCAAAAGUUCCAAGAGCUUGCUGCUAUUAUAUAUGAUACCAACGUGCUAGGUUUCAAAGGACCAAGAAAGAUGACUGUUAUUUUGCCGCGUACAAAUGCAACUGGUCAGCGGAUUGUGCUGCCUGGAAAUCACAACAACUAUCUCAUUGAUACGUGGAAGCGUAAAGAUUCACAAAACAUCCUACAACUGCAAAACAAGAAUCCAGUUUGGAAUGAGGAUACGCAGUCUUAUGUACUCAACUUCCAUGGUCGCGUCACACAAGCGUCAGUGAAGAACUUCCAAAUUGUUCAUGAGAGUAAUGAUGAAUAUAUUCUUAUGCAAUUCGGACGUGUUGCUGAAGACACUUUCACGAUGGACUACAUGUAUCCAAUGUGUGCUCUACAGGCGUUCGGAAUCGCUUUGUCUUCGUUCGACAGCAAAUUAGCAUGUGAAUAA